GGUAAAAGAAUGUGCCCGGGAGUCAGUGUGGCCAAGAAAGAAUUGCUAGGAUUCGUUGUGGGUCUCUUGUCCAGGUUUCAAUUUAGCGCUCCGCGGGUAGAUGGGAAAGAGGAGCUACCUUCAUUAGAUGGGGUUUAUGGUUUGACAAAGACGCCCCAACCAUUCAAGUUCUGUAUUCAGUCUGUGUAGCGUGAUUGGGGGUUAGGACAUGUUUGUUAUUAAAUUGUAUUUAAGGCCAAAGUUUAUUACAGCAAUGUUAUACAUCAAAUUUUAACUCUUACG